AUGGAGAGACCGUCUUUUCUGGAUCAAAAACCGCCGGCAGGUUACAUACCAGGUAUUGGUCGUGGUGCUACUGGAUUUUCAACAAAAGAAAAGCAAGCGCUCAAUAAUGAUGAUAAAGGAAGAAGAAUACCGAAAAGAUACCGUGAAAGUUUGAACCUCGAUUCUCAAAGUCAGCCCAAAGAUGAUGAAGAUGACGAAGCUGAAAACGUAUUCAAAACACUUGAAUUGAAAUUGGCACAAAGAAAAACGAAAAGAGCUAAUGAGAAUAAUGAUGACAAUCCAGCAGAUGCCUCCAAUGUAAAAAAGCAGUUUGCCGAUUUGAAGAAAUCAUUGGCUGCUGUAACAGAAAGUGAGUGGAUGAAUAUUCCAGACGCCACAGAUUUUACGAGACGAAACAAGAGAAGCAGAAUUCAAGAGCAACUAAACAGAAAAACUUAUGCUGCACCUGAUUCAUUGAUACCUGGAAAUGUUGAUUUAAAUAAAUUAACGGAAGAACGAGAAAAGCUAUUACAAUCUCAAAUAGAUGAAAACAUUGCACAAUUGACGAAGAAUGCAAGUAGUCAUAUCCAGGUUGAUAAACCGGAUGCCACUACCGAUGUCCUAAGUUACCUAAAGGAUUUAGAAAACGAUAGGGUAAAUUCUCUGUCGGACGCAACAUUGGAAGAUUUGCAGAAAAUGCGCACAAUUUUAAAAUCAUACAGGAAGGCAGAUCCAACAAAUCCACAGGGUUGGAUAGCUUCUGCCAGGUUAGAGGAAAAGGCUAGAAAAUUCUCAAUAGCAAAAAAAAUUAUACAAAAUGGUUGCCAAGAGUGCCCAAGAAGCUCCGACAUUUGGCUAGAAAAUAUUAGACUACACGACUCCGAUAUUCACUACUGUAAAACAUUAGUAGCAACAGCGAUAAAUUUUAAUCCAGCGUCCCCGCUUCUCUGGUUUAAAGCCAUUGAUUUGGAAAGUACAACGAUUAACAAGUAUAGAGUGGUGAGAAAAGCACUGCAAGAACUUCCUCGAGAUGAAGGUCUAUGGAAGUUAGCUGUCAGUUUUGAAACUGACAAAACGCAAGUAGUGAAAAUGUUAGAGAAAGCCACACAAUUCAUUCCACAAAGUAUGGAUCUUCUAAGCAUAUAUACUAACCUCCAAAGCUAUCAUAACGCUAAAAUGACUUUGAAUUCCCUCAGAAAAAUUCUUCCGCAAGAACCAAAAAUUUGGAUUAUGGCUGCACUCUUGGAAGAACGCAAUAAUCCAGAUAUAGCUGUAGAUCGACUAGUUAGUUUGCUCAAGAACGGUUUAUUGGAACUCUCUAAGAAUGGGUACAAAGCAACUUUGUCGACAUGGUUGAAACGUGCAGAAGCUUUAGGCGAUACACCCAAUUCAAAUCUAACCUGCCAAGCCAUCGUUUACGCUGUAUUAGAAUCGGUAAAAGAAAGUGGCGGGCAUGGUUCUGAAUUGGAUAAUAUUGAUCAGAUAUUGGAAAAGCUGCCACACUCAAUGGUACAAAUUGUUAUAUUAAAAAAGCUUAUUCAGUGGGAUCCUUCUAAUAUACCUCUUUGGUCUAGUCUUAAAAUGGCCACCGAGAGCUAUCAUGGAAUUGAAGAGCUAUUAGCGUUUUUCCAGGAGCUGCUAUUUCAUAGCAAGAAUAGCAACAAUAUACGAGCAAGCAUGAGAGAGAAAAGCCCUAGCUUGUUUAUGAUGUAUGUACGUGAAUAUUGGAAGGCACAUAAAUGGGAUGCUAGGCAAACACUAAAUUUGAUUGACCAGAUUAUUGAUUUCGCACCACAUAACUUGGACUUACGCUUUUUCAAGAUAAAGCUAUUAGGUCAUUCAUUACAACAUAAUGAAUUACGAGUUUUUUUCCAUCAAACUUUUACAUCUUUAAAGGAUUCCAACAUAAAUGGCAUAGAAAGCUUAUAUUAUAAGUAUGUAAAUUUUCUUCGGUACCAAGAUCUGAACCAAGAAGCCAUAAAAUUUUUGAACGAGAGAUGUUUGAAAUUAUUCCCCAAUUGCCGCAAAUUUUUUUUACAAUUGGGUCAGAUUUAUCAUUCCAUUGGCAAUAUCGAAAUGAGUAGGCAAACUUAUUUAUCAGGCACAAGGAUAGUGCCCAAUUGCCCUUUAAUAUGGGUUUCGCUGGCAAAGGUUGAUGAGAUUGACCUAAAAAAUCCAGUAAGGGCAAGAUCCAUUUUAGAUAGAGGAUUAUUGAAAAACCCAGACGAUGCAUUAUUUUACAUUGCGAAGAUUCAAAUGGAAAUAAGACUUGGUAACUUGGAUCAAGCGGAAUUACUCGUCACGCAGGCGUUACAAAAGUUCCCAAAUAACGCUUUACUUCUGGUGGAACAAAUCAAGCUGUUGAAGCAUGGGAACAGAAACUCAUCAAAAAAAACUGUUUUUCAAGAUGCUUUAAAAAGGACGCAAAAUGAUCACAGGGUUCUCUUGGAGAUCGGUAUAUCCUUUUAUGCAGAAGCGCAAUAUCAAACAUCAUUGAAGUGGUUAGAAAGAGCACUCAAGAAGUCCUCAGAUUACGGGGAUACAUGGGUUUGGUUAUUUAGGACGUAUGCAAGGUUAGGCAAAGAUACCGUUGAUCUUUACAACAUGUUUGAUCAAUGUGAACCUACUUACGGACCCGAAUGGAUAGCUGCUGUCAAAAAUGUAAAAUUGCAAUACUGCACACCUAGAGAGAUUUUGUUGCAUUUAAUAAACGACAAAUGA